AUGGCCCGCCUCAUGCGCUUUGGCAGCGUGCCGCUAGGCCAGCACUUUGGCAUCUUUGUGGCCUCACCAUUCACGCAGCCGGCUGUGGUUCAAGCAGCGAUGCAGUUCACCAAAGACGACUGCGUCCAGCCCUGCCCUCCCCAUGCCCUCGCCCAAGGCAGCAGCAGCAGCAGCAGCAGCGCCGAAGCCAGCGGCGUCGCCGCCCAGCAGCAGCUUCUAGGCAAGAUGCCGCUGCGGCUGGCAUUCCCUGAGGUGCCACCGGCUGGCGUGGAAAGGAUCCAAUCGAAUGACGAGGCCUUUGAGGAGCAGCGUCAGCUGGCCCAGCAGGAGGGGGUGACGAUCCGGGACAAGGAGCACCUGCGGUACUACCAGUGCUUCAGGCAGCAGUUCCCUGGCGGUGUGGUGCCCGGCAAGCCGCGGCACGACCUGGCAUCGGACCCUUGCCCGGCAUGCGGCUGGCAGCUAAGCAGCCCAGAGCAAACCUUCUGCGUCACCUGCGGCCACUAUGACGCCCAACUCAGGAGCGGCAGCAAGCAAAGCUAA